AUGAUUACAAGACAAACUUCGAAGAAAAAGAGCAAUGAGGAGACUGCCAAUCUAGUGAUCAACGAUCCUAGAGCCUACAAUCAAGCAAUGAAGACCAAGGAUAACGACCUAUGGACUGUUGCGAUUAAGUCCGAACUUGACUCAUUAAAGCAGAACGGCACGUGGAAAACAGUGAUGAAGACAGAAGACAUGAAAAUACUGAGUACCAAAUGGGUAUUUAAGACCAAGACCAACGCACAAGUCUUUGGUGAGAAUUUCACGCUUACAAAUGCGCCUGUCAUGGAAAUGAUCACUGCCAAAGUGAUAUUGGCAAUGGCGCAACACUGGAAGGUACCAGCUAGACACGGAGAUAAGCCUAAUGCUUACGUCAAAGCAUCCGCUGAAAAAGAAUUCCCCAUUUGUAUUAAGAUUCCACAAGGGAUGGAGAUACGGGAUCAAGUAUUGAAGGAGUUGGGUGUGAAUUCUGUAUAUGAAAUCGUAUUGUUACUACUUCAAAGCCUUUACGGCUUGAAACAAGCCGGUGGAAUCGGAAAAUUGAUCGAUUUGGGAUUGAAGCAAUCGAUUGUUGAAUUAUGUUUAUUUUAUGAGAAGGAUGAUCGUGGAAUCUUACUCGUUGUAAUUUCGUGGAUGAUCUAUUGGUCACUAGGACCAAUGACGACUUAG